AUGAUACCUGUUCCUCAUCCAGCCUCCCCGGAGUUUGAGAAACUUCCCCCAUGGGCCAGAAAGCUUCUCAACAGACCACUCGUGGAAAUUCGACGUGGAUUAUCCCUGGACUAUGAUCCGCCGACGGAGAACCAUUCAGUCCUGGUGCUGACGGCACCGUCAGGCAAAUAUGUCGAUAUUCGCUUUGCUUCUGCCUCGAAAGACAAGUACGAGGGCAUCAAGGAAUCCGACGCUUUCAACGGCUACGCGACCGCCGGGCUCUCAACGGCUUGGCUGCCUGGGGGGACAGACAGCUGUCCAGAAUACGACUGCGUAGCGCACGUCAAAUGGGAGCAUCCCAUUGACUCAUCUCGGGAAUAUGGGUCAGACGGCGCCGAUAUGUACCUAUUAUCCAACGGAGACGUCAUGGAGGUGGGAUUCUUAACGGUCAAAGGCAAGAAGAAAAUGUUCAAAGAGUACUGGCUUGAAGGGAAGCUGAGUUCCCCAAAACCAUCUUUCCUGGUAGCGGAGCCAGUAGAUGAACCGGGCGGAGAAUCGGGCAAGGGCCUGAUCAUCCGGAUCGACAAUUAUUGCCAGGGAAUACUGCAAACCGAUGCCGAGUUCCUCGCGGAGCGAUGGCAAGUGCAGGAAAACGGAGAGUGGGUGAAGGACCCGAAGAGCAGCUCCGGAGCUGAGAGACUUCCCUGCGAAUGGCUAAUGGCAGCAACCACCAAGGCCGGAGAUUCUCUUGUAUUUGGUGGUAGGCAAUGGCGAGUGGUAGAAUCUGACAAGAGCUGA